UGAUUCAAUGAAAUAUGCCAUGCCAGCAAUAAGAUUUAAAACGUGUCGUCUACUUCCAGGAAAUGUUCGGAACAGAGAACUUUCUCUAAUCCAACGCCGUAUUCUCCGAAGAUUGAGGAACAAGAGGAGAUCCAUUAAAAGAAAUCUUUCUCGGAGAGAAAAUCGAAACAGUAACAUCAAAUCACAAACUACACGAAAGUUGUCUCUUUAUUAUGGGGAUUUACCCAUAAGGGAGAUGCACAGAGGAAGAGAGCGAACUUCAUAUAUCCCUUUUUUACUCAAUCAAGAAACAAGAUCGGAUGUGAUUCCGGUUCGUCUCCAUUUUAGUGACACUCUUCCUCAAGCAAGGCAGCCGAUAAGUCAUCUAAGGGUUUGUUUGAAUAAUGGACUGGUAACCAUUACUCAUUUGAAAGUUUCCCACGGUGAUCUAAUAUCUUUUAAAGAAAAUGACGCGAGAACCCGCGGUUUUGAAAUAAUGAGAUCUUUCUAUAUCGACAUAUCAGUUGGAAAAAUCAUAGGCAAAUUCCUAUCGGCCAUAUCAGUUGGAAAAAGAAGAGGCAAAUUCCUACCAGCCAGAAUCUGGAGAAGAACAAAAAAAGAAUGGUUCCGCUUACUCACAACUCAGAGGGGAUGCCGCUUACUACUCAAAUCCAAGGAAUUGCAAAAGUUGCGUUCUUAUAUUCAAGAAGAAGACUUUGAAAGAACAAAGAAGUUUGGAUCCGCAAAAGUAUGCUUAGGCAGUUCCUUCGCUGAGCACAACAGAAUGAAGAGGAAUUUGUUUCAUUUCAAAUACUUCUUCUUAUUGAAAAGAGGGAAGGAGAAAAACCGAAAUCUUCCUACUCGAACAAUAAGUUCUUUUGUAGAAAAGUCUUCUUUAUAUAGUAAUUCGACCUAUUGCUCCGGAUCCCCGUUUACUAGGAAGAUAAGAAUCAAAAGGAUCGAACUACCUACUCAUUAUUCGGAGGUGAAUCAUAGAACACUAAAAGCUGUGGUAUCUUAUGGACCUAACAUAGGUCACAUCCCUCAUGACAUAAGAUUGAAAGAUCCAAACCUUCCUCUUCGGAGCAGAAACGGACGUGGCCAAAACAUAUAAAAAAAGAUCGGCCUA